AUGAAGUCGAUCAUGCCUGUAGAUAUUGGGCUGCUGGUCGAUGAUGGUUAUGGCCACCGGUUUUUAUAUCAACUUUCAGCUUUUGCUCUCGAUCUACUUGAAAUUCACGACCAUCAAUUUCUACAUUGCUUUGCAAAUGAUGGAACAAAGAUUACUAGAAUGAGCCAGACGGAGGUUUCUAAAAUGAAGCAGAAGCAACUACCUGUUCCACUUGGGACUCUGAUUUGCCGUGAGCUGAGGAAUGAGAAGGUGAUGAAACCCAAUGUAAAGUUUGGGCAGGCUGCUCUGGCUAAGAAAGGGGAGGACUUAUUUUUCAUCAAAUCUGAUUGCCAAAGGGUUCCUGGCAAUCCAUCAGCAUCAUUUUCAGUUUUUGCGAUUUUUGAUGGGCAUAAUGGUAUAUCGGCUGCUAUCUUUGCAAAAGAGAAUUUAUUGAACAACGUAUUGAGUGCAAUUCCUCAAGGGCUUGAUAGGGAAGCAUGGCUUCAAGCCUUGCCUCGGGCAUUAGUUGCUGGGUUUGUGAAAACUGAUAUAGAGUUUCAGCAAAGAGGUGAGAAUUCUGGAACAACAGUUACAUUUGUUGUGGUUGAUGACUGGACUGUGACUGUUGCAUCCGUUGGAGAUUCUCGGUGCAUAUUGGACACACAGGGGGGUAUUGUUUCACUCUUGACGGUUGACCAUCGUCUGGAAGAGAAUGCAGAAGAACGGGAGCGGGUAACUGCAAGUGGUGGUGAAGUAGGGAGGCUCAAUGUUUAUGGGGGCAAUGGGGUUGGGCCACUACGUUGCUGGCCUGGUGGGCUGUGCCUUUCGAGGUCAAUUGGUGACACAGAUGUUGGGGAGUUCAUCGUCCCAGUACCUCAUGUUAAGCAAGUGAAGCUUUCAAAUGCUGGGGGAAGACUUAUAAUUGCUUCUGACGGUAUAUGGGAUGCUUUAUCAUCUGAUAUGGCUGCCCAAUCUUGUCGAGGUUUACCUGCUGAACUUGCUGCAAAGGUGGUUGUUAAGGAAGCACUGAGGUCACGGGGUUUGAAGGAUGAUACAACUUGCUUGGUUGUUGAUAUUAUUCCUCAUGACCAUCUAAUUUUGCCCCAAACGCCUAAAAAGAAACAAAAUUUGCUCAACCCAUUGCUUAUCUUUGGAAAGCGAUCUCAAUAUUCUACUAAAGGAGCUAAUAAACCAUCUGCUGUUGGAGUUGUGGAGGAAUUGUUUGAAGAGGGAUCUGCUAUGCUUGCGGAGAGGCUGGGUAAGGAUUUUCCUCUCGACUCUAAUUCCGGGCUCUUUAGAUGUGCUAUUUGCCAAGCAGAUCAACCAUCAAGUGAGGGUUUAUCUGUCAACUCAGGCCCAGUUUUCUCGCCUGUAUCAAAGCCAUGGGAAGGUCCUUUCCUCUGUGAAAGUUGUCGUAGGAAGAAAGAUGCCAUGGAAGGAAAGAGACCAAUAGGACAUGCAAUAACUGCAUAA